GCGCCGGACUGUGUAGGAGCUGUGGGGAAGGGGUUAGUGAGCCGCGGAGAGCACAGGAUGCCGGGGGGCGGGGGACACCGGAGCUGACAGCGGCUGCCUGUCUGGGACACGGAGACAGAUGUGGCAGAUGGCAGUCACCUGGUUGGAAUAGAGUCUUCUCGGCAUAACAUUGCAAAGAGAACAUUGAAGCGUACGCCUGUCUUCUCCUCGUAGCCAAAAUGAUCGGGAAGCUAAAGCAGAACUUAUUACUGGCCUGCCUUGUUAUAAGUUCAGUGACCGUAUUCUAUUUAGGACAACACGCAAUGGAGUGCCACCACCGAAUAGAGGAGCGCAGCCAGCCUGCUAAAAGCGAUAGUCCAAAGGCAACUUUAAGGACUGAUGCCCGGGCCAACACUAGUUUUCCUUAUAACAAGGAUAUGCCGUUAAUAUUUAUUGGAGGGGUGCCCCGCAGCGGAACUACACUUAUGAGGGCUAUGCUGGACGCACACCCUGAAAUCCGCUGUGGAGAAGAAACCAGAGUUAUCCCACGGAUUUUGGCUGUCAAACAGAUGUGGGCACGAUCGAGUAAGGAGAAAAUCCGUUUAGAUGAAGCGGGUGUUACGGACGAUGUGUUGGAUUCAGCCAUGCAGGCUUUCUUACUGGAAAUCAUUGUUAAACAUGGAGAACCUGCACCUUAUCUGUGUAAUAAAGACCCAUUUGCUUUAAAAUCAUUAACUUACUUGGCCAAAAUAUUCCCCAAUGCCAAAUUUCUUCUAAUGAUAAGGGAUGGACGGGCAUCUGUGCACUCAAUGAUUUCUAGGAAGGUUACCAUUGCUGGCUUUGACCUGAACAGCUACAGAGAUUGCUUAACCAAGUGGAACCGUGCCAUAGAGACGAUGUAUAACCAGUGUAUGGAAGUGGGGUAUGACAGGUGCAUGCUAGUGCAUUAUGAGCAGCUUGUCUUGCAUCCUGAACGUUGGAUGAGAAUGCUUUUGAAGUUCCUCGUUAUCCCAUGGAACGAUGCUGUUCUGCAUCAUGAAGAAAUGAUCGGAAAAGCAGGAGGUGUAUCCUUGUCAAAGGUUGAGCGAUCUACUGACCAGGUCAUCAAGCCAGUAAAUGUGGAAGCCUUGUCUAAAUGGGUGGGCAAGAUCCCAGCAGAUGUUUUACGGGACAUGCCUGUCAUUGCACCAAUGUUGGCUAAACUCGGUUAUGAUCCAUAUGCCAAUCCACCCAACUAUGGAAAGCCAGAUCAGAAGGUCAUUGACAACACAAGACGGGUCUAUAAAGGUGAAUUUCAACUGCCUGAUUUCCUGAAAGAAGUACCUCAGCCAAAGAAGACAAAAGAAGGCAAUUCAUGAGGCAAGAUCGUCAUUGCAUGCGUUAUUUAUAUUCAUUGGCUUUGGGCUUUCUGUACACUAAAUAUCUGGGAAUCCAUGUGGAUGAUAUUUGUAGUUAGCAGCUUUUCUGCUUUAAGAGCUGCAUGAAUGCCUCUCCAUCUUUUUAAAUGCCUUAUUGUCUGAAUCGUGAUCCAGUAAAUGUAUGAAAGCAUUCUAUUCGCAAUGGCUUCUCUUGCAUGUCUGGUUUGGGCAGUAAGGCUGUGAAUUGGAUCCUAAACCGCUAAAUACAUAUAAUGUUCAAACCCUUCCAGGAAAGGAGCUGAUUUCAUUAUAGGCAAUGCAGGUCUAACAGAAUAAGUCCAUCUUUCUUGGAAGUACUCCUGUAUUCCAUAUGUUGUUACGAGCAACCAGUAAUGUAGUUGCAUCUAGUAGGUGACCUUUUCCCAUUCUCAUUGUACGUGGAAAGCUGCAUAACCCUAUUACAACACCUUCAAUUUUCUGAACAUUUACUGAUUAACAAUGCAAUCCCAGGUCAAGGUGUUGAAUUUUACAAUUGUGAUGUUUCUAAACUAAAUGGUUGAUCAGUAAAACUUGAUUUCAGCCAUUGAGUAUUUCACCUGUAGGCCCAAUGAAAAGUUGUAGUAUUAGUGUG